AUGCUCAGUCACCGGCAGCUCGUCGAACGCCCUGCGAGCCCUCCCCGGCGCCAGCGGGCUUGCGCGCCCUGCACCAAGGCUAAGGCGCGUUGCCACUUCGAAGACAACAAGCUAGACGGUGGUUGCGAUAGGUGCCGGCGUCUGGAGAUCCCUUGCGCGCCCCAGACCACCAAGAGCCUCAGAAAGCCCAGGCAGGUAAAGCCUACGAGUACGCCCGUCGCACAGCAGCCGGACAGCCACCGUCCGCCAGGGGCGCGCACCACUAACUACGGACAUGCCCUGCUAUCGGCCGGCCCGUUCGGGGUAGCCGAGAGCGGCCCGUCGACCGAGAGCAACACCUCGUCCCCGGGCUCGGCAGCCAGGGACAGACUAUCGCAAAACGCCCAUAAUGCGACAUCGUCGCCUCACAACUCUAGUUCCCAUGAGAGCCACAAACCUACAGCGCUGCCGCCGCCGAAUCCGCCGCCUAAUCCCCAGCCGUUGCUUUCGACGCUGACCCCUCUACUCCCCAUCCCCCCUAGCGAGCCCCCGCAACCCGGGUUCGGGUUGACGUGGCUCCAAGCCGACCAGGCCGUAUUUGACUACAAAAUCAAGUAUACCCCUUAUUUCCCUUUCGUCAUGCUCGACCGCGACGUCUCCGCUCAGGAAGUCUUGGCCAAGAAGCCACUCUUGUUCAUGGCCAUCAUGCUGCUCGCGGCGCAAAUCCCGCUGGUGAGGCAGAAGGAAAUCAAGAAGAGCAUACUUGCCCACGUGGGCCACAACAUGAUGGUAGCGGAGGAGCGCGACCUCGACUUGCUCCAAGGCCUCAUGGUGUAUAUAGCCUGGGGUGAAGAAGAUUUCUAUAUGGACCAGAAAAAUACGUACUUGAUCUACCUCGCCAUGGGCUACGCGCACAACCUCGCCAUCACGAGGCCGUAUCCUACGCCGAAGCAGAAGCUGACGAUAGCCGUCCACCCGAAGGAUAUCAAGGAAGCUAUGGUCGGGCACACCUUAACCACCGUCCUAGAAGAGAACCACACCGCCGAGGAGCAGCGAGCCUUCUUGGGCUGUCACUAUCUUCUCUCAGUGAACUCGUCACAAUUCAACCGCGAAGGCAUGUUAAAGGGGGACUACGUCGAGCGCUGCCUGCAUUCCCUGGUCCGCCCGACUGACUUCGGGACGGACUUUAUCCUCGAUAGAAUGGUCAGGUUCCAGCGGAUCGUCGAAGAGAUCACCGAAAAGCUGCCCAUCCCCAAGAUCGGGGAGAGCGCGCAGGUAUUCACGCUAGCUAUGAGCAACACCAUGCAGCUGCUGCGCGUGCAGCUCGAUCAACUCCUCGCGAAUAUAACGCGGGAACAUCGACAAUUCCUGCCGUUAUGGGCUAUGCAUAACUACGUCCUGGUCCGGCUGUACCUACUAGCGUCGUACUCGUCCCAACCGUCGGACGAAGUGCUGGCCCAGCAUCAGAGGCAGUGUAUGCUGUACUGCCUGCAGGCGGCGCGGUCCUUCUUCUCGGCGUCGCUCGCGACGGGACCGGAGAGCUUCUACCAGCGGUCGUUCUCGUCGUUUGCGGAGAUCCUGUUCGUGCUGGUGGCGGCGUCGCGGCUGCUGCUGGUGGAGAUCGACCUGUGGGACCUCGCGAGCGCGCGGCAGACGCUGGACCUGCCGGCGACCAUCGACGAGAUCAUCGCGUGCCUCGAGACAGCCGUCGACCUGCACGGCCAAGAGCUCGUCGAGGCGGCGGCGCGGUCCGGCGGCGCCUGGGCCCUGGAUGGCUCCGGCGACAUGCGCAGCGGCACCUUCUGCAAGUACAUCGUGAAGCUGCAGUGGAUCAAGAACUGGUUCGAGUCGCAGCUGUCGCUCGGGGCCCGCGGCGGCGGCGACGAGCCCCACGUGACGAGCGGCACUAACAACUGGCAGCCCGAGAGCGCGGCGUGGAACCCGUUCCUCGUCGGGUACAUGGCGGACACCGACUGGGGUAUCGAUUUCUAGACGAAGCCGGCUCUCCCCCCCCAGUCCCGCAAGGAUUCGCGGACACAAGCGAGAGAGCCAGCGCUUGGCUCGACGGAAAGGCGUGGUUAGAUGUGCGUCUGAGCCCCCCGUAUUGCGUGGCAUUUCCACAUAUCUGACUGAUUCGCGUAGGUACUGCUAGCGAGAGACGACGGUUCCCCGGUGGAAUCUGUAACCGAAUUCGGGGCCUCCUAGCGGCGCUAUGACGGUAACUCGGGGGGGCCGCGAGGUAGGCCCUGGGUACUUAGGUAUAUU